AUCACUGCUGUCCCGCAGGAAGGCGGAACGACGCUCCCGACCCAGUGGGAGCGCAGCCUAAGGCUGGUUCGAAUCGAGCCCUGGGCGGCGGGUCGCGGGGAGCGCUGUCAGAGUUGGGGGAGUCACUCCCUCCCAAGAGGUGCAAGAGGACGGGGUUUAGGCCGGAAGAGCCUUAGAGGAGCCAUUUUCCAGGAUGGCUGAUUUGGUUCUCUGUGAACCAAUAGAGCUUUACAACAUCUUGAAUCAGGUCACAAAAUUAUCCAGAUUGACUGAACCCAACUAUCUCUGUUUAUUGGAUGUGCGUUCCAAACAGGAGUACGAUGAAAGCCAUGUGAUUACAGCCCGUCGAGUGAAGAAGGAGGAAGAUGAAUAUCUUAUCCCGGAGUCUGUGGAUCUAGAGUGUGUGAAGUACUGUGUGGUGUAUGAUAAAAAUUCCAGCUGCCUGGACCUAAUUAUAAAAGAUGACAGUGACAACUCUGACAGUAGUAAAAACGAACCGUUUGCCGGAGGAGCUGCCAUUGAAUGUGGCAAAGCCUUAGCUCACCUCACCCGCCACCCCGUCCAGAUCCUGAGAGGGGGCUAUGAGUCUUUCUCAGCCAAGUACCACUUUUUCCGGACGCAGAAGAUUAUCUGGAUGCCACAGGAAUUGGAUGAAUUUCAGGCAUACCCUGUUGAAAUAGUGCCAGGAAGCAUCUACCUGGGAGAUUUCAGGCAAGCCUGCGAUCCUAAAAUUCAGAAGGAUUUGAAAAUCAAAGCACAUGUCAAUGUCUCCAUGGAGACAGGACCAUUUUUUGUAGGUAACGCUGACAAGCUUCUGCACAUCCAGAUAGAAGACUCCCUGGAAGCCUUCAUUUUCCCCUUUCUGCGCCACCUCUGUCACUUCAUUGAUGUCCACCUUGAACUUGGCAAUGUCAUCCUGAUAUUUUCCACCCUGGGUAUCAGUCGCAGCUGCGCGGCCAUCUUGGCCUACCUCAUGCACCAGAACGAGCAGACCUUGAAGAAGUCCUGGGAACACGUCAAGAAGUGCAAAAACAACGUGUGUCCAAAUCGGGCCUUAGUGGCUCAGCUGUCACAAUGGGAGACGAUUGUUCUCGGAGGCUUCAUCACAGAUAUCUCGGUUCCACUCUGCUGAUCUCUGUGGCUCAGCUAUGGUUCUGAAGAACGUUGCUGGGAGCUUCUUGUGGGGUAAUGGGCGGGGGUGUGUAACCAGGUUGGUGUGGAAAAAGGCCUUUGCUACCUGGA